AUGAAUACCUGGAAUUCGGAGUUAGUGAGAUCUGCCUUUGGAAGACAGGCAUUCGGUUACAUAACGAACUUAGAUGGAGAAAUUCGUCUCAACUCGCCGACGUUAGCGAACGUCUACAGAGAGAUUGCCGGGACCGAUGCAGGGAACGGGGCACUGCUUUUGAAGGCGCUUGAGAUCGCAAAGACCAUCCCACCUCCUAAGUUUCCUUACUCCCUUCCGACUUUCGGUUACGUUGUCCAGUGGUUAUCAGAGCUCGGGAAGUCGGUUGAAUUGGAAGGCCUACUACAAUACGCGGAUACGAACUUAAAUCCCACCUGGGAGAAGGGCGGAUUGUUUUAUCCGCGCAACGACCAGCCCAUAGACGAAUCUCACCGAUGGAGGCACAUGGACCGGUUUACCGGGAAUGCUGCCAUUGGAUAUGCCAGACUGAAUGUCAACGACGGCCAGAAAAUCAUGUGGGACAAACCCUGGACCCGCGAUAUCCUGGCUAGGCGUCCAUGGAUCGACGGUGUUGACCUGUCACAGGGUGUUGACUUUCUCCGGGGACAGUGGAACUCGGAGGAGAAUGCUCUAGUACUUACUAUAAAGACCUGGGAUGGCUCUGUGGUUGAGGUGGAACCAACGGCUCGCAAUCUUGAAAAAGGAAUUUGGGCGGUUUACAUUGCGGGUGAACUGCAGAUGUGUGUGGAGGUAAUCGAGUCCAACAACCUCACAUUUCGUGUGACUGCCGGGGAGGUUGAAGUCGACGUUGUUGUAAUAAGGGAAGACGGAGAAGGAGCGAAGUUAUGGAUAUGGUCGAAAUCAGAGAUCAACCAGAACCAACUGGAAUCAGGAUAG